AGAGAAACCUUUUAUUUUCAGCAGGUGAAUAUACAAACAGACGGAAAGAUGGUUUAUAUGAAAGGGAAAAUAUUUUUACUUCGAAGAUAAGCACCGGAUGUAGUAUUUGGUCACUGAGGCUGGCUUACCGGCGUGCAGAGCUGUCAGUGGAGCAGCCCAGUGGUAUCGACAGGCAGGGGAAGCCCUCAGACAGUAAGUACAGUGUCUCCGCACUGAGCGCUGCGCGUCUGAAGGGACUGACAAAACACUUCUACCCAGACAGAGAAAAGCUGCAACCUUCGUUUUUCCAGGGAGGACAUGGCUGAUCAGAGUACAAGCGAAUCGUCCUCCGAGGACGUAUUGAACAGGUUCGCUCGUAAAGGUGCUUUGAGGCAAAAAAACGUCCACGAAAUCAAGGACCACAAAUUCAUAGCCAGGUUCUUCAAGCAGCCGACUUUCUGCAGCCACUGCACCGACUUCAUCUGGGGAUUCGGAAAACAAGGAUUCCAGUGCCAAGUUUGCUGUUUUGUGGUCCACAAGAGGUGCCAUGAAUUUGUCACGUUCUGCUGCCCCGGGGCUGAUAAGGGGCCCGACACAGACGAUCCCCGAACAAAGCAUAAAUUCAAGAUCCACACCUAUGGGAGCCCCACCUUCUGCGACCACUGUGGCUCUCUGCUGUAUGGACUCAUCCACCAGGGCAUGAAAUGUGACUCCUGUGAUAUGAACGUCCAUAAGCAGUGUGUCAUGAACGUGCCCAGCCUGUGUGGAACCGACUACACUGAAAGGAGGGGACGUCUUUUCCUCAAGUGUGAGGUCAACGGGGAAAAGCUGCAGGUCACAGUGUCUGAAGGCAAAAACAUGAUACCCAUGGACCCCAAUGGCCUGUCUGAUCCAUAUGUCAAGCUCAAGCUCAUACCAGAUCCCAAAAAUGAGACCAAGCAGAAGACCAAAACCAUCCGCUCUAGCCUCAACCCUGUGUGGAAUGAAAGCUUUAACUUCAAGCUCAGGCCUACAGAUAAGGACCGCAGGCUGUCAGUGGAGGUGUGGGACUGGGACCGGACAACCAGGAACGACUUCAUGGGAGCCCUUUCUUUUGGCGUGUCAGAGCUCAUAAAGGCUCCAGUCUGUGGCUGGUAUAAAUUACUUUGCCAGGAGGAGGGGGAGUACUACAAUGUCCCCAUCUCAGAGGAGGAUGAUGGGAAUGAAGAACUGAGGCAGAAAUUUGAGAAAGCCAAACUAGGCCCAGCUAAGAAGGUGAUCAGCGAGGCUGAUGGUAGCGAGUCCAGCCAGCUACCAUCCAGCAGCAGCUUGGACCAGGUCAAACUCGGUGACUUCUCUUUCCUGGCUGUACUGGGGAAAGGCAGCUUUGGCAAGGUCAUGCUGGCAGAGAUGAGGGACACUGAAGAGCUGUAUGCAAUAAAGAUCCUGAAGAAGGAUGUAGUGAUCCAGGAUGAUGAUGUAGAAUGUACUAUGGUGGAAAAGAGAGUCCUGGCCCAACAGGAAAAGCCGCCCUUCCUGACACAGCUGCACUCGUGCUUCCAGACUGUGGAUCGCCUGUACUUUGUCAUGGAGUAUGUGAAUGGUGGAGACCUCAUGUACCAUAUCCAGCAAGUGGGCAAGUUCAAGGAACCUCAGGCAGUGUUCUAUGCAGCAGAGAUCGCUGCUGGUCUCUUCUUCCUGCACAGUAAAGGAAUCAUCUACAGGGAUCUGAAGUUGGACAAUGUAAUGCUGGACUGUGAGGGACACAUUAAGAUUGCUGAUUUUGGCAUGUGCAAAGAGAACAUGUUAGAAGGAGUGACCACACGCACCUUCUGCGGCACUCCAGACUACAUCGCCCCAGAGAUCAUUGCAUAUCAGCCAUAUGGACUCUCUGUUGACUGGUGGGCAUAUGGAGUGCUGCUCUACGAAAUGCUGGCAGGACAGCCUCCAUUUGAUGGAGAGGAUGAAGAUGAGUUGUUCCAGUCCAUUAUGGAGCACAACGUUUCCUACCCCAAGUCCCUGUCCAAAGAGGCCGUCUCUGUCUGCAAAGGGCUGAUGACCAAGCACCCAUCCAAGCGUCUGGGCUGCAGCGCUGAGGGAGAGAGGGACAUCAGAGAACAUGCCUUCUUCAGACGUAUUGACUGGGAACGCCUUCAGAACAGGGAGAUACAGCCGCCCUUCAAGCCCAAAGUGUGUGGCAAAGCAGCUGAGAACUUUGACAAGUUCUUCACUCGCACCCAGCCCCAGCUCACACCACCAGAUGAGCUGGUUAUCGCCAACAUCGACCAGGCUGAGUUUGCAGGGUUCUCUUUCAUCAACCCGGAGUUUAUACACCCGUCUCUCUACAGCAGCGCAUGAGAAGGAUGGGGUAACCUCCCUGAAGAAUCUCUCCACUCACUGCCACCCACUUAAACCAAUAGCCAACCUAACAUCUGACCACAACUUGAUCAAGGCACACCAUUAACCUUUAUGUUUUAUUCAUAAGCAGGAUUUUAGAGCAUGCAUAUCUGUUCUGUACACUAUAUUUUCCAGUAUACAUAAUAUAGUAGAUAUUCUUGGCCACCACAAGAAAUCAUUUCCUUUAGUUUAAUGAUGAGCAUGUACUGUAGACAAUAUUUUCCCUUCUUAUUCCUGCAAUUUAUACUGAAAGCACUGAGAGAGAAAGGUGUUUGGCUUUAUUUAUCUAUGCCUGUAAAAAUAUAAGCAUCAGAAUAUUUUAGGAGCAUUCAACUAAAAUAACAUUUAAGGCAUGUAGUAACUAAUUCUGGGAAAAGAUGCCAUGAAACUGUUUGUACUUGCAAAUCUCAAUAACAGUGUAGUCUACAGAUCUAGUAGGUGGGUCACAGCUUGUUAUAUACAUUUAAUCUGAUGACCU